UGCUGAGCCCGCAUAGCAGCCCGGCUGCCAAGCUCGUUGGGACGCUAAAAGAGCCGGGGAGGCUGAUGUGAAACAUGUAUUUCCCUCCGCGUGUAAUUAGGGCCGUGGGAGGGGAGAGCGGUGGCGGAGCAGCUCCAGCCUCCCACUGGCUCGCACACAAAACCGAAAGUGCGGCUCCUUCCCCCGCCUUCCUCCGGCUCAAAGGGGAGGCCGCGGUGCCCCGAGGAGGCCGUGCCGGCCGUGCCACACCGCGAUGAGUAAGUUGAAUGGUGCACGGACAAACACCAUGAUGCUGCUCAUGAAAUUAUUGAGACCAUUCGGUGGGUCUGUGAAGAAAUCCCAGAUCUCAAGCUCGCCAUGGAAAACUAUGUUUUAAUUGACUAUGACACAAAAAGCUUUGAGAGCAUGCAGAGACUGUGUGACAAGUACAACCGAGCCAUCGACAGCAUCCACCAGUUGUGGAAGGGGACGACGCAGCCCAUGAAGCUGAACACGCGUCCCUCCAACGGGCUGCUCCGGCACAUCCUGCAGCAGGUCUACAACCACUCGGUCACCGACCCCGAGAAACUCAACAACUACGAGCCCUUCUCCCCAGAGGUCUAUGGAGAAACCUCCUUUGACCUGGUGGCCCAGAUGAUCGAUGAGAUCAAGAUGACGGAGGACGAUCUGUUCGUUGAUUUGGGCAGCGGUGUGGGGCAGGUGGUGCUUCAGGUGGCUGCAGCCACCAACUGCAAACAUCACUAUGGAGUGGAGAAGGCCGACAUUCCAGCCAAGUAUGCUGAGACCAUGGACAGGGAGUUCAGGAAGUGGAUGAAGUGGUAUGGGAAAAAACACGCAGAAUACACACUGGAAAGAGGUGACUUCCUCUCAGAAGAAUGGAGGGAGAGAAUUGCAAACACAAGUGUUAUUUUUGUGAAUAACUUUGCCUUCGGCCCCGAGGUGGAUCACCAGCUGAAGGAGCGAUUUGCGAACAUGAAGGAAGGUGGGAGAAUUGUGUCCUCAAAACCUUUUGCACCUCUAAAUUUUAGAAUUAACAGUCGAAACUUGAGUGAUAUUGGCACUAUAAUGAGAGUUGUGGAGCUGUCACCCCUGAAGGGAUCCGUGUCCUGGACAGGGAAACCAGUCUCCUACUACCUGCAUACUAUAGACAGAACCAUACUUGAAAACUAUUUUUCUAGUCUCAAGAAUCCAAAACUCAGGGAGGAACAAGAGGCAGCUCGACGGCGUCAGCAGAGGGAAAACAAGAGCAACACGACUACCCCGACCAAGGUCCAGGAGAACAAGGAUUCUGGUGCUGAGGAAGAAAAAGCUGCAGCAAACUCUGUCAAAAAGCCAUCUCCCUCCAAGGCAAGGAAGAAGAAGCUGAGCAAGAAAGGAAGGAAAAUGGCUGGGAGGAAACGGGGCCGCCCCAAGAAGAUGAACCCGGCGAGCACCGAGCGCAAGACCAAGAAGAACCAAACUGCACUGGAACUUCUGCACGCCCAGACUGUCUCCCAGACAUCUUCAUCCUCUCCUCAGGAUGCCUACAAGUCACCUCACAGCCCAUAUUACCAACUACCUCCGAAAGUACAGCGGCAUUCGUCCAACCAGCUCCUGGUGACUCCCACCCCUCCUGCACUACAGAAGCUGCUUGACUCUUUUAAGAUCCAGUACAUGCAGUUCAUGGCUUACAUGAAAACCCCUCAGUACAAAGCAAGUCUGCAACAGUUACUGGAGCAGGAAAAGGAGAAGAAUGCCCAGCUCCUGGGGACAGCACAGCAGUUGUUCACCCACUGCCAGGCCCAGAAAGAGGAAAUCAAAAGGCUCUUCCAGCAGAAGCUCGAUGAGUUGGGAGUGAAAGCUCUGACGUACAACGACCUGAUCCAGGCUCAGAAGGAAAUCUCUGCUCACAACCAGCAGCUGAAAGAACAGACCAAACAGCUGGAGAAGGACAACAGUGAACUCAGGAACCAGAGCCUGCAGCUGCUGAAGGCUCGGUGUGAGGAGCUGAAGCUGGACUGGUCGACGUUGUCCCUGGAGAACUUGCUGAAGGAGAAGCAGGCGUUGAAGAACCAGAUUUCUGAGAAGCAGAAGCACUGUUUGGAACUGCAGAUCAGCAUCGUGGAGCUGGAGAAGAGCCAGCGGCAGCAGGAGCUGCUGCAGCUCAAGUCGUACACGCCAUCAGAGGAGCCGCUGCCGGUGCCGCUGCACGGCAAACCCCACCUGAGCCGGGACCCCGAGGCCGAGCAGGGCAGGUUCCAGCUGGAGCUGGAGUGCUCCAAGCUGCCCCUGCCCCACGUGAACGGCAUGAGCCCCGAGCUGUCCAUGAACGGCCACGCCACCCCCUACGAGCUGCAGCACGCCUUCAGCCGGCCCUCGUCCAAGCAGAACACCCCCCAGUACCCCUCCUCACACCUGGAGCACGACAUCGUGCCCUGCACCCCCAGCCACGGCAGGCAGAAGGCAGACAAGGUGACCAGCCUGGCCCUCCCGGACUACACCAGGUUUUCCCCGGCUAAAAUAGCACUAAGGAGACACUUGAACCAAGACCACGGGGUCAACGGGAAGGCGGCGGCCAGCGAGAUGCAGAGAGCUGAGCAUGUCAAAGAGAAUGGCCUUACCUAUCCAAGCCCUGGAAUUGCAAAUGGCAUAAAGCUGAGUCCUCAGGAAACUCGGCCCUCUUCCCCAGCGGCCUUACCCAGUGCAGGAGAGAAGGUUUUGAGAGAGAGAACCUCUGUGAGUAAUGGAGAAACUAUCACCAGCCUCCCUAUCAGUAUUCCUCUGAGCACAGUGCAGCCCAAUAAACUCCCUGUUAGUAUCCCUCUGGCCAGCGUAGUCCUACCUAGCCGUGUUGAGAAGGUGAGAAGCACACCUAGCCCAGUUCAUCAGAGCAGAGACUCAGCAACACUUGAAAAGCAGAUUGGUGCUAGUUCUCAUAAUGGCAUAAGCAAUGCUGCUGGAAACAAGCCUCUGGCUUUGGCUACCUCAGGUUUUUCUUACUCUUCUGGCUCCGUGGCAGUCAAUGGAACUCUUACAAACAGCCCAGCCCAUCUUAACCAUAGUGUUGAUCAGGCAGCUCUGGACGACUCUGGGAGUCUCUUUAACUCUGUAGGGUCUCGGAGUUCCACCCCACAACAUCCUUUGCUAAUGAUGCAGCCGAGGAACUCUGGGCAGAGCUCCCCUGCCCAGCAGCACUCGGCGAGCCCCAGGCUGAGUGCCCAGAGCCUGGUAGGGGUUUUGCAGUUUGCAGAUGCUCAGAAGAUCUUUGCCGAAGGAACAAAGGGGGACCUUCAGUCUGAUGCAGAUCCUGAGACCGAGGCCAAGAGAAGAAUCAUCUUUACAAUCUCUCCUAAUACAGGACAUGUAAAACAAUCCCCUCCCAGCAAGCACAGCCCUGUGCCCGCGGGCGCUCGGCUGGAGCUCGGCCAAGCCCACGCCCAGGACGGGAAGAAGCGGGGCCGGAGGAAGAGAUCUGGGAAUCUCAGCGGGAGCUCCGGGGUCUCCCCGAAGCGCAAAUCCCUCCCUGCUGUGUCUGGGCUCUUUACGCAGCCGUCGGGGUCACCCCUCAACAUCAACUCCAUGGUCAAUAACAUUAACCAGCCCUUAGAAAUAACAGCCAUUUCCUCUCCUGAAAACUCCCUGAAGAACUCUCCUGUUCCUUACCAGGACAAUGACCAGCCCCCCGUGCUGAAAAAGGAGAAGCCCCUCGUUCAGACCAACGGUGUCCAUUACUCCCCCCUGACAUCGGAUGACGAGCAGGGCUCUGAGGAUGAGCACAAUAGCAGCAGAAUUGAGAGGAAAAUUGCAACAAUAUCAUUGGAAAGCAAAUCUCCACAGAAGACUGUUGAAAAUGGCGGCAGCUUGAACGGGCGGAAACAAGCACAAGGCACCGAGAACAUGAACAGCAGCAAAUGGAAAUCGACUUUCUCCCCGAUCUCUGACGUCAACCUGACCAAAACCACGGACAGCCCCUUGCAGACGGGCUCUGCCCUGAGCCAGACCUCGCUGUUCGCCUUCCGGCCGCCCCCCGAGGAGGGCCUGGCCCUGGACGGCGCCAAGGCCGCGGCGCACGCCAGGAAGGGCCUGGCCGUGGGCUCGGACGGGCUCAGCCCCGGCACCAACCCCUCCAACGGCUUCGCCUACAACGGGGGCCUCUCUGCCGAGCUGGGCCUGCACAGCUUCAUGGACGGCGCUGCCCUCCCGCACAAGGCUCCGGACGGCGCCGCUCCCAACUGCUCCCUGGGCUUCCAGCGGGGCAAAGACGCGGCGGCCGCGGCGGACACCAACCUGUUCCUGAACAAGAGGCAGCUGGAAGGGCUGGGCGGCUCCAAGGGGGACGAGCUGAGCCGCCCGGGGGCCAAGGGCAAAGAGCUGGGCGAGCUGAGCGGCCGCGCGGGGGGCUCCUCGGAGAAGAGCUCCCUGCAGCACAACGGGAAGGCCGGCAAGGGCAGGGACCGAGAGGUGGAGUUCAAAAACGGCCACAACCUUUUCAUUUCUGCUGCUGUUUCGUCUGGUGGCCUUCUGAACGGGAAAAGCCUUUCCACUGCUGUUUCUUCAGCAGGCAACCCAGCGUCUUCUGUCCCGACACACCACCCCUUCCUCAACACUCUGACCACUGGAUCGCAGUUCCCCCUCGGCCCCAUGGCCCUGCAAGCAAACCUCAACUCGGUGACAAACUCCUCAGUAUUGCAGUCCUUAUUUAAUUCCAUGCCAGCUGCUGCCAGUCUGGUCCACGUGUCAUCAGCUGCAACCAGACUGACUAAUUCUCACACUAUGGGGAACUUCUCUCCUGGGGUUACAGGUGGAACAGUUGGAGGUAUUUUUAACCACGCGGUGCCUUCUGCCUCCUCCUCUCAUCAGUUUGGAGCCAGUUUCAGCAGCAGUGCUGUCUCUAGCAGCACGGUGCUAAGCUUAAACCCUCUGCAGGCUGUUGCCAGCACCUCAUCCUCAUCCUUCCCACCCUCUGCCUCUAAUUUAGUAACAUCUAGCGAGGCUAGAGCCGCUCAGCCCCUCAGCAGGGCGCCCGUGCAGCCCGUUUUCCACCCCCCUCCUAACGUGUCCUUGCCUCCCCCUCCUCCUCUGCUCGCUUCUAACCCCGAGCCCGCGCUCCUGCACAACCUGCCGUCCCUCCCGGCCGGAGAAACAUUCCUGCCCUCCUCCACCACCACCUCCUCCUCCUCCUCCUCCUCCUGCGCUGCCUCUGUCCAGUCUAACUCUUCUUUGUCUCUCAAACUCGCCUCCCUGCAGCACAAACCCUCCCGCCCCUCCUUCACCGUGCACCACCCGGCCGUGCCGCGCGCGGCGCUGGCCCCGCCGCCCACCGGUGCCGGCGCCAUGUGGGUCACCCUGGGCGUGCAGCCCCCGCUGGCCUCGCACCUGCCGGGGGUUAAACCGCGCUAAGGGCGCCCGGCCUGAGCCGGCGGGGCUGGCUCUGCAAGGUAACUAGGAUUUCUACCUCAACCCAAUGUGACCUAUGCAAGGACAACGUGGACCAACUUCACUCGGCUUCCACUGAAAGGUGCUCACCUGGCCUGUGCAGGGGUUUCUACUCUCUUACUACUGGACAAAAUAAAAACCACACACACACACAAAAAAGACCUAAACAACAGAGCAAACAUUUACUGUGAAUCUGAGUUUAAAAAACAAAAAAAAAAAAAAAGAGGAAAAAAAAAAGGCAAAAAAAAAGAAAAAGGCAAAAGAAACGCUUAAAGCUCCAGUUUGUAUUGUUGAUAGUUUAGAUAAAGUAUUUAUCUUUUUUUAAAGUGAAAAACAAUUUUGACUUAUUUUAUUCCACCUAGACUCAUGAAUACAAGUUAUUAUUGGAUUCUCUGAAUACUAAAGGACUGGCACACCAGCAGAGACGUAAAGAGCCUCCUCGGUGCUAUUUUGUCCGUCAGAAACUGUGCCUCUAGUCUGAACCCUUGGUGCUGAUUUGGAGGGGUGACCAAUGCCAAACCCAGUUCUUGGGAAGGCCUGCAGCUCGUUUAUCCCCCUGACUGUUCAUAUCCCAAAAUCCACCCGGCUGGCAGCAGAGUGGGCGGCAGAGGAGGGAAUUCCCCUCCCUGGGGGGGUGAUUUGGGCCGGGCCAGGCGCUGCCAGCCGGGUGGGUUUGAGUUGUGUGCGUGGCCAAGAGCUCCAGGGCAUGGCUGGAACACGAGAUUUCCAAGUGCUGCCCCUUUCAAACUCCCCCUCUGGGCCAUUUGCUGGUGGCACUCGGGUCACUGUGAAUUUUGGUAGCCGUGUCUGGUCGCUCCCCGUGGGGGUGUGAACAGGGCGUGUCAUCACUGGUGUGGGUCCAGCCCUUUUCCCAGCCUCGGGAAGACUGAACCUCGUUGUUUCCUGUCCUGCUGCAGGUGGCAGAUCCCCCCCUGGCUUGCUGGUUUUUGUUCCCAGUGUUUUGUUCCGGUAGGGUUUUGAUACUUGACUCUGAGCUGGCUUAGCCCUGUGCAUUUAUUGACUAAGUGCAUUUUUGCUGUGGUGUUCCUCUGCUUUCAGUAGGUCCUGAGUGGUAGUUCACAAAAACACCCCGCUCUGCCUGGCUGUGCCCGCCGGGGCACUGGGUUGUGUCGUGACUCGUGUACAGAAAGGGCCUCCAAAAGGCCGAUUUUUAUGGAGAUGUGGGGAAAACUUCACCAUUUUCCGGUAUUUGGUUUUCGUUUUUAGGUUGUGCAAUGCACGGUGAACUUGUGAAAAGUUAUUUAUUUGAGUGCACAAAGGGGAGGAAGAGGAGGAGUUCCAGGAGGAAUCAGGCUGGGCUGAUUCGAGCUGGGCCGAGCACCAAGAGAGGCAACCACAGAUGGAACAGGGGAGCGACUGGAAAAACCACAUUGAGGCUUUGGGAAACACCUCCCUGCUGGGCCUGGUGCUCUGAGGGGCAGCAGUGGCUGCUCUGUGUCCUUAAAUCCCUCCUGGGGAGUGUCCCUCCUCCAGCAGCCAGGCUCUGGCUGUGAGCACCCCAUGGAGCAUCCCGGGAUCACCAGCAGCUGGAAAACUCCUGCCCCUGGAGGAGCUGAGGUCCCUCUGCCCUCCUGGGCUCUCCUGCUGCCUGGAGCCAGGAGCAGGCUUGGGAAUGCUGCGUUCCAAGGGCAACUUUAGGAGAGAUUUAGGGCCAAGUGCAGUUGUGUUGAUGGUUCCUGGGCAGCCUUUGUGAGCAAACUGGGGAUCCGACUUCGCCUCCUCAUUCCCUGGGAAGGGAAGGGAGUGACAGCCCUGGGAACUGGGGACAUUGGGGAAUGUUUUCUGCUCUGUGGGUGGGGCAGGACUGGGCAGUGGUGCUCCUGCUGAGGGACUGACAGCACGAUGAAAGCCUGGGAAGGGCAGCAGAGCUCCGAGGGGGAGAGGGAGGAACAUCCAGUAGCUUCUGGUGGAAGCCAAACACAGUGUCCUGGAAUCCAGGAGGACAGUGUCACCCAGAUGUUUUGCAGCUGGGAGCUGGGCAGCUCCAGCUUCUUUGCCAGCCCAGGGCAGGGUGCUGGGGCCUCUGGAGGCUUUAAUGAGUGAUUAGUGGAAGGGCAGAGACCUCAAUUAGUGACACUCCCCCCAUCCUUGGUACCUUCCGUGAGAGAAGAGCAAAGACAAGGAGAAGCUUUUCAUCACCCUGUGGAACCCCCCCUGCUUUCCAGCACUGCUGGCACUCCUUGGAUGCUGAGGAUGGACAGAUCCUUGUGGUGGGAAUGGCCCUCCUUGUCCUGGCGUUCGCAGCGUUCCAGGAGCAGGGCAGGCACUGGUGGCUCUUCACAGCUGCACUCUGGGAUCUCAGAGCUCUUUUCCAGCCUCAGUGAUUCCAUGAUUCCAUGACCCUGGGAGAGCAGUUUGCCCUCUGCUGUCCAGUGGGUGCUGCAGGAAGGGUUUCCCCUGUCCCCCGGUGUCCCCUGGGGCUGUGGAUCAGCAGCUUCCCUGCUGGAAUGGGCAGCACAGCCCCUGGAUAACAGCACAGGGCUGUUACUGAGCCAGCCCCCCAGGGCCCUGAAGUUUGUGAUCUCCAGAGUCAUCCAGGGAGGCCCAAGGAAAUCAGAGCUGCCCCAGGGAUGUUGGGAUGUGCUGGAAGGGGAUCCAGUCUGGCUGAGCCUCAGCCCUCACUACCUCUGCACCUGCCACUGCUGCCACUGCAGUGCUGCUUCCAUCCUGGCACCCCCCUGGAAUCUGGAGCUGCUCUGGCUUCACCAGUGUCUUCCCCCACUCCUGGCACCUUCCCUGUGCCAUGGACCCGGUCCUGAUCCCUGGGAUGUGCUCCCAGAGGGGGCCUGGGAACGUGGUGCCUGCCAGAGCAGAGCUGGGGGGGGAGCCAGGAGUGCAGGUUGGGAUGUGUCAGUGCUGGGUGAGCUGGGAGAUGAUGUGGCCAAGAGAUUCCUGGCUUUGUCUUCCCCUUCCCUGCUCUUCUCUGGCUUUGCAAGUUCCACUCAGCACCCUGGAAUCCUGGGUUGGAAGUGACCCCCAGGGAUCAGCAAACCCAAGCCCUGGCCAACUUGUUCCUCUGUCUGCAAACUGGGAAGAGCUUCGAGCUGGGAUCUCAUCCACGUGGCUCCAGGCCCACGACCCCCUGACCCCUCUGUCUGAGCACCCAGCCAGAGCCUGAGACCUGUUUGUGAUAACUGAAGAUACUUUGGAGUGAUCAAAGCCAAAAAAAGAAAAAGAAAAAGAGAGAAUUCCUUCUGUGUUCCCACAUCCUGCCUGUGCUGGGCCCAGCCGUGGCUGUCACACAGGUCCCCUCUCCUCCACACCAGUCAGGAAGCUGAAAUGCAUCUUCUUGCCAAAAAAGAAAAAGGAAAAGAAAAUGGAACUUCCUGAGUGUUGGGCUGAGGGAAACCUGUCCCUGCUGCUCAGUGUCAGCCUCCAGGAACAAGCUCUUUGGUUUUUUUGGGGAUUUGCUUCCUCUGGCUCGCCAGGCCCAGUCCCCUGGGAGGGCUCCAGAGGCACCUGGGCUGGGGAUUUGCUGCAGAUCAGUCACUCUUGCACUGUCCAGGGGUGUGGAGGCACCCUGGGAUGCUGAGGGGGAGAGUGGGGAAGCACUGCUGGAGGAUGGAGAGCUUUGUGGUGCCGGAGCUGAGCUGGUGUGUGGGAUAACGGGGAUGUUGAGCUGUCCCACCAUCACCUGGUGCUGCACAGGGGGCUGUUUCGUUUAGGAAAAGCAUGGAUCAGCCUGGACAGGCAGUGCUGGGAACACCUUCACCUCUCAGUGUGAUGGAUGCAGCGGGAGAGAGGAGAAGGGGGAGCAGCAGGGAGGGCAGCACAUCCUCCCUGUACAGGACAUUUGGGGCUGGGCAUCACCUCCAGCUGGUUCCUCCCAUCAGCAGGAACUCGUGUCUCCCUGAGCAGGCAGACCAGAAGGACUUUCUUGUGCUUCCAUCUCGUUUCCUUCCUUCCUGGUGGUGACAGCACCUCAUCUUUCAGGGCCUGCUUUGUGCUGCCCCUGCUCUGGGCUGGGGUUUGGGCUCAGCCUGGGGUGGGGAGCUGGAUCCCCCCCUGCCAGGGGGGUGGAGGAGAGCUGGUAGGGUCUGACUCUGGGAUCCCCAGUGGCUGAAGCCCCCCAGGCAGGAAGGUUGCAUCACUUGGUCAUCCCUUUUUGAACCCCCAGGACUUGCUGCUCCUCAGCCUGAAGCUCUCCCAGCUCUGGCUCAGGUGCUGAGUCUCUUCAGUCAGUCCUUGAGGAGGUGACCUGUGCAGUUGGGACCUGGCAGUACGAAGGUUUCCAGCUUGAUCAGCUCUCCCAUCACCUCUGGAAACAUCUGCAACCCAGAGCUGCUGGGCCUGGGCAGGGCUGGCUGUGAGGGGGUGUCCCUGUUUCCUUCUGAGGGGCGUGCUGGGGACAGUUCUUCAACCUCCUCCUCUUGGGGUUGGACUGGAUGACCUUUAGAGGUGUUUCCAGCCUGGCCUAUCCUGUGAUCUCUGUGAUCCUUGUCUGGGAUGGUCUCCUGGACUUGGAAGGUGGGUGGGAGGAGUUGUGAGCCAGCCCUGCCCCCCCGUUCCUGCAGAACCCCCCACACCACAGCGUGUGUUCCAUCCCAUCCCAUCCCAUCCCAUCCCAUCCCAUCCCAUCCCAUCCCAUCCCAUCCCACCCCAGCCUUCCCUUGGAGGAGCCUGGAUCUCCCUGCCCUGCUGGGCUGGCCCUGCCAGGAGAAGGUGGAAUUUUCCUUUGCCGUGGAAUAACGAGCCAUGGACAGGUGGCAUCCAGGCUGGUUUGGUUCCUGCUGGGAUUGUGUCUUUGGAAAGCAGCAUCUGCUCCCCCCUCCUGUUGUUUAUCCACAUGGAAGAGAGUCCAGGCAGAGGAGAAGCCGAGGGAUUGUGUGACAGGAGAGUCCAGGAUCAGGUGGGGGACACACUCUGAGGGCCAGCAAGUGCUUCCAGCUCCCCUGGGCCCACCCUUGGCACUGUGGGAUCUGUGGGAUCUGUGCCCUUGGGAUGCUCCUGCUUCCCUGUCCUGCUGAUGGCUGGAGGAGGACAUUCCCAGUGCUGGGGGUUUGUUCUCAACCUGCUGCUGGUGAUUCCCAUCCUGGCCCUUCCUUCCCCUCCUGGCUGGGCCUGGAGCUGGUGCUGAGCCCUGGGCACAGGGGGCACUGUCCCCGUGGACCCAGUGGGUGCUGCUCGUGGAAUUCCUCGGGAUUGGGUGGUCUGUGCUGGUGCUGAUGCCGGGGUGGCUUUGGUUGGGCACGUCCUGCAGGACCUGUUGACUUCUGGUGCUGAAAUCCACCCUUCACCCCGGGGAUUGUCCCCGUUAUUGUCCCUUGGAUGGCUCCACCUUGGAGUUCUCCCAACUCCCACGAGUGGCUGUGGGGGAAAACCUUGCUUUUCUUGUUGUUUUUGCCUGAGCCAGAAGCAGGGAGAGGAGUCAGGGUUGGGAGCUUCUGGUGUCUCUCUGGAGCAGGGGGGGAUGUUGGACAAGGCUGUGACCCCUCAAUGUUGGGAAAUCAUUCAGGGGAGCAGAAACCAGACAGUGUUUUUGUGAACUAUCUCUGCAGCACUGAGGGAAAACUCCCAGGAAUGGGGGUUUUGGGAGCACAGAACGAGGAUUCCAAGUUUUACUGGUUUUAAAGAGGGUUUUUUUUCCUUCCUUUGUUGUUUUUUUUGUUUGUUUUUGUGCUCCAUUUCCGUAGUUUGUGGAUCAGGUUUUCACCAAAAGCUGCAGAACCAGUUUUCAAAAUGUUGCUGUGCCAUAUUUUAUUUAUCCUUAUGCAUUAUAAAUAUAUAAAUAUCUAUUUUAGACUGAAUAUUGCAUUAAAAGAUGCUGGUUUUGAGAACUUCAGGGUUUAAACCCAAGACAAAAAAAAAAAAACCCAACCCUGGGAGAUAUUUCUGCAGUACUUUUGCUGUUUGGGACCUUCCUGAAGAGGCUCCCAAGUUUUUCUUAUGGUGUAAAGACAAAAACCACGCCCUGAAAUAAUUCCAGGUUGGAAGAUGCUGACCCUGAAGUUCCCAGGUUUUCUCAAGGUACAUCUCUGCUUGCUUUUCUGGUGCAGUCAAAUGGUGGUUUUUGUUUUGUUUUGUUUUAAAGGUCUCGUCUCUGGAGUUAUUGAGGAACAGGUGGAAUGGGUUGGCCCAUCCUGCUUGGCUUUUUUAACCUAUUAAUCUUUGAAGUGAUGGAUUUUUUUCCAAUUAAAACCCAACUCUUUAGGUCUCUGUUCCACUCAAAGUUUUUAGGAGUGAGAGCCUGCCCUCGCUGAGUGGGACUUGGAUGGGGAAAGCAGUAGAGGAUGAGGUUGCUGUUGCUCAGGAAUUGAUUAGUAAACUUUUAACUACUAAUAAAAAAAUCCAUUUUCCAGUGGAUUUUUUUUGAAAAACCCAUUUUCUUAGGACAGUGAUAUGGGAUGUUUCCUAGUGAAUAGGAAUUAGUUUAUAUAAUUUAGCCUAUUAAACUGAAUUAUUUAAAAUUCAAACUUCCCCUAAUUUAUCUUUUUCUUUAAUUUUUUUGGUUGCUUUUUUUUUUUUAAAAUUUUAUUUUAUUUUAUACUGGUAAGUUGUCCUGUCAUUCCUUUCAUUCCUCCAUAGAAAUAGUGUGAAUUCUGGUGUGUAUAUAUGUAUGUAUAAUAUAUAUAUUUCCACCCUGCCUUUCUAAUUCUCCACAAUGUAAGAGUUAGUUUUUGCUCCCCCCUCCCUCCACUUAAUUUCUGGUGUCUCUCCCCUUGAUUUGUAAUUGAAACGAUGCUUUGAAGUUUUGUCUUUAUAUUAAAGUGUCUGUAUUUUAAUACA